AUGGCGGCGAUGGCGCCCGGAGGUGGUGGCAGUGGUGGCGGCGUAAAUCCAUUCCUCAGCGAUUCCGAUGAGGAGGACGACGAGGUAGCGGCCGCCGAGGAGCGGCGGUCCGGACUUCGGCUGGGUGCUGGGGUCGGCGUAGAUCCGGGCUCUGCGGGCUCGCUGUCGCCACAGGACCCCGUGGCCCUGGGGAGCAGCGCGCGACCAGGACUCCCUGUGGAGGCGACCGCGGCUCCGGCGGCCUUGGGGGGCAGCGGGGAGACCACUGCCCGAUUGUCCAUCGAUGCCAUCGCCGCCCAGCUGUUGCGCGAUCAAUACCUGCUGACUGCCCUGGAGCUACACACAGAGCUGUUGGAGAGCGGCCGCGAGCUACCGCGGCUGCGCGAUUACUUCUCCAAUCCUGGCAACUUCGAGAGGCAGAGUGGGACCCCACCAGGGAUGGGGGCGCCCGGGAUCCCCGGAGCACCCAGCGUUGGAGGCGCUGGAGGCCGGGAACCGAGUACGACGUCGGGCGGAGGACAGCUCAAUCGAGCUGGAAGCAUUAGUACUCUUGAUUCUUUAGACUUUGCAAGAUAUUCAGAUGACGGUAACAGGGAAACAGAUGAAAGAGUGGCAGUCCUGGAGUUUGAACUACGGAAAGCCAAGGAGACCAUUCAGGCCCUCCGAGCCAACCUAACAAAGGCUGCAGAACAUGAAGUUCCUUUACAGGAACGAAAAAAUUACAAAUCAAGUCCUGAAAUUCAGGAGCCAAUCAAACCUCUUGAAAAGAGAGCUCUCAACUUCCUAGUCAAUGAGUUUUUGUUGAAGAAUAACUACAAGCUUACUUCAAUAACCUUUUCAGAUGAAAAUGAUGAUCAGGAUUUUGAAUUAUGGGAUGAUGUAGGAUUAAACAUUCCCAAACCUCCAGACUUGUUACAACUUUACCGAGAUUUUGGAAAUCAUCAAGUGACUGGAAAAGAUCUUGUGGAUGUGGCCAGUGGAGUAGAUGAAGAUGAAUUAGAGGCUCUUACACCAGUUUUAGGCAGCGUCCCUCGAACAACCGAUACUCCCCAGCCUCUAGAGAACUCCUUGCUAGUACAGAAAUUAGAAGAUAAAAUUAGUUUAUUAAAUAAAGAAAAAUGGUCAUUGAUGGAACAAAUCAGAAGACUUGAAAGUGAGAUGGACAUCCUCAAAACUGAGCACUUUACCAACCCAGCAGUUGGUGAUUCUGUUCAGCCUUCCCAAAAAGAUUCCGAAGACAGUAGACGGAGCCUAAUUGUAAAUAGUUCAGACCAGGAAACAAACAAGGAUGGUCAUCUUGAAACACUAGGUGGAGCUGAUUCCUCGACUCCUAAAGAGAAUUCCACAGGUUCUUUCCCCAGGAAGGAAAGAGAAGAAAUGCCACCUUCUAUAUCAAGCAAAACCAUGGUCCAUUUUGAUCAACCCAAUAGAAAAUUGUCGCCAGCUUUCCACCAAGCACUACUCUCUUUUUGUCGAAUGUCUGCAGAUAGUCGUUUAGGAUCAGAGGUGUCUAGGAUUGCAGACAGUGAAAAAAGUGUUAUGUUAAUGCUGGGACGAUGCCUGCCACACAUUGUUCCUAAUGUACUGUUGGCAAAAAGAGAGGAGUUGAUCCCCCUCAUAUUGUGUACAGCAUGCCUACACCCCGAACCUAAAGAAAGAGACCAGCUCCUCCACAUACUCUUCAACUUGAUCAAGAGGCCAGAUGAUGAGCAAAGGCAAAUGAUACUGACAGGUUGUGUGGCAUUUGCACGUCAUGUUGGACCAACUCGUGUGGAAGCUGAACUUUUACCACAGUGUUGGGAACAGAUUAAUCACAAAUAUCCAGAAAGACGACUGCUUGUAGCAGAGUCCUGUGGAGCACUGGCACCUUACCUUCCCAAAGAAAUUCGUAGUUCCUUGGUUCUUUCAAUGUUGCAACAAAUGUUAAUGGAAGAUAAGGCAGAUUUGGUAAGAGAAGCUGUGAUCAAAAGCCUGGGUGUCAUUAUGGGCUACAUUGAUGAUCCUGACAAAUAUCAACAGGGCUUUGAAUUACUGCUUUCAGCCCUGGGUGACCCCUCUGAAAGAGUUGUUAGUGCAACACACCAAGUAUUUUUACCAGCUUAUGCUGCCUGGACAACAGAACUUGGAAAUUUACAGUCUCAUCUUAUACCGACACUACUGAACAAGAUUGAAAAGCUUCUCAGGGAAGGAGAGCACGGGCUGGAUGAACACAAGCUCCACAUGUAUCUUUCUGCCUUGCAGUCCUUGAUCCCAUCUCUCUUUGCAUUAGUGCUUCAGAACGCACCUUUCUCCAGCAAAGCCAAGCUGCAUGGUGAAGUGCCACAGAUCGAAGUGACCAGGUUCCCUCGGCCUAUGUCACCUCUGCAAGAUGUGUCUACUAUUAUUGGAAGUCGUGAGCAAUUGGCAGUGCUACUUCAGCUUUACGAUUACCAGCUAGAGCAUGAGGGCACAACAGGCUGGGAGAGCUUGCUGUGGGUUGUUAAUCAGUUGUUGCCACAGCUUAUUGAAAUAGUGGGCAAAAUUAAUGUAACUUCAACUGCCUGUGUCCAUGAAUUCUCCAGAUUUUUCUGGCGUCUUUGCCGGACAUUUGGCAAAAUUUUUACAAACACUAAGGUAAAACCCCAAUUCCAGGAGAUUUUAAGACUCUCUGAAGAAAACAUUGAUUCCUCAGCAGGAAAUGGGGUCCUCACUAAAGCUACAGUCCCCAUUUAUGCCACAGGAGUCCUCACGUGUUACAUUCAGGAAGAGGAUCGAAAGCUGCUAGUUGGCUUCUUAGAAGAUGUAAUGACGCUGCUUUCACUGUCUCAUGCUCCUCUUGACAGCCUGAAGGCUUCUUUUGUGGAACUUGGUGCAAACCCUGCCUAUCAUGAGCUGUUGCUGACUGUUUUGUGGUAUGGUGUUGUCCACACUUCUGCACUUGUCAGGUGUACUGCUGCUAGGAUGUUUGAGCUGUUGGUGAAGGGGGUGAAUGAGACUCUGGUAGCUCAGAGGGUGGUUCCUGCUCUCAUUACUCUCUCCAGUGACCCUGAAAUCUCCGUUAGGAUUGCUACAAUCCCAGCGUUUGGCACUAUUAUGGAAACAGUUAUUCAGAGAGAGUUACUAGAAAGAGUGAAGAUGCAGUUGGCUUCUUUCCUGGAAGACCCUCAGUACCAAGACCAGCAUUCUUUGCAUACAGAGGUUAUCAGAACAUUUGGCAGAGUCGGGCCUAAUGCAGAACCUCGCUUCCGAGAUGAGUUUGUUAUACCACAUUUACAUAAAUUAGCCUUGGUGAAUAACUUACAAAUUGUGGAUUCGAAAAGACUGGACAUCGCAAUCCAUCUUUUUGAAGCCUACAGUGCACUGUCCUGUUGCUGUAUCCUUGCUGUGUUGAGCUGUAUAUAUAAUAAACCCAGGUGUAAAAAAUCAAGUGGACAUUUUGGAAGUUUUGGUUCAACUUGCUGUACCUAUUUUACUGUAGCCAUCUCAUAAUUUUUAAAGGAAAAGCAGAAGUCACUGUCACUCCUGAUUCAUCUUGUUGGAUUUUCAACUUAGAGAAGAUAGAGGAAGCAGAUGAGGAACUUCUGUUCUGAGUUGGCAAGGAGGAAUCUUUUUAUGAAGAAGUGAUAGAACCCUGACAAGAGAGCUAUGAUGGCGUGAGAAUUAGAAAUUCAGUCCUGGAAGUAUUUGUUAUAAGUUAAGCAAAAUUCACAUGUAAUCUAUAUUAGCCAAUGUGCCUCAAGGAAAAGGGAAAAGUCCAAGGACAACUUUAGCUCUAUAAAACAGAAUUUCCAAAUAAGAGAAGCAGUGGUUAGUGAAGAACAUAGAAAUGUAUACAGAGAAAUUAUCAAGUGUUUCAGUAUGCACAAACUAUAAUAAAGUGAAAACUCCCUUGCUAAGACAAGAAGAGGAAGAGCUAUCUUAAGAGUAGUGUACUCUGUUGUGUCUGACUUGCACCCUGGUUGAGUCAAGAGUGUGGUCACUAACGGAGUCCCAUUGCCCAGGUCUGUUCUGUAAGAGCUGAUUAGAAUAUGGCUUCCUUUCAGAACUGUCAUAGGAAAAUUACAUGUAUCAUUGGGCCCAGUAACAAAUAAAAUGUCAUGACAAGCUUGAAGGACAUUUAAAAAUAUCCAAGCUACAGAGUAGAUGGCUUAGGGGUGAUGAGAAAAUUUGACAAGGUGUGUGUUGAAGAGAGAUGAAUGGCUGCAUAUGGUGUACAUGGAGGCCAGAGGUUAAUGUUGGGUGACAUUAACAUUGACAUAUUUUAAAGAAAGUUAUGUAGAAGGAGGAUCGCAGAGUGUGUCUAAUGAAACUCUGAAUGUCGUCUUCUUGGCAUCUGACCAGUUACCACUGAGAUAGAGGUGGUUUCAGUAUCAGAUAGGACUAAAUGAUAGGAGUAUUUCUAGUCCUUGAAAGCUGGUUUGGUUUGAUUUUAUAAGGAAAAGAUAGGCCCUAUUAUGAGUAAAAAGAAUAACUUCCCUAUUUUCUAUAAGUAUGGCCUUCUUGAGUCUCCAUGCCCAUGUUUCUCUAUAUCACUCUCUACUAAUCCAAAGGUCACCCACAGUUACAUCUUGGAGGUACUUUCCCAGUGUCUAGGAAACAAGACUGUAUAGUAAUUAGGCUGCAGCCCUCUGUAUCGUGUAUAUUUUUAAAUUGUGUGUGUGCGGGAACGUGGGUAUGUAUUCAGUCCCCCACAAUAUUUGUCAUGACCCAGCAUGUCUGGUAUGUGCAUGGCAGCCAUGCACAUGUGGAGGCCAGUGGACAGCUUUCCAGAGUUGGUUCUCUCCCAUCUUCAUGCCAGUUUCAGGGAUGGAACUCAGGUCACCUCAAGUUUCUGUAACAGCUGCUUUUUCACUGAACCAUCUUGGAGGCCCCAUGUAUAUUUUUAAUACCUAUUGAAUUUAUAAGUUAUGCAUUAUAGGAGCUUCGUUUAUGAGCAUUGUAAACAUUUUCAAGGAAGUGGAAAUAUAUUACAUUCCUUUUUUUCUUAAUGAAGUUCCUGGUAAAUUUUUAAAUUAAGCAAGUUUCAUAAAGGAACUCAUUUACUUCGUUUUUUAUUUGGACAUGGUACAAUAUUAACCCAGAGCUAGAAUAAGAAUAAUGCAGAAUUGAUGUAAAUGUAUAAGAUGAAUUAUUUUCUUGAGAAAUGCUCUCAUUUCGUAUUCUUUUAAUGUGGAGAUAAUCAACUAAAGCUCAAAGACGACCAGGACCUAAAGAAAACUGAAUGUACACAAAGGCCCUGGUUGAUUCAUUCUGGACCAUUAGAAAGUCAUUUUAGCUAGGCACUCAGGAAGCAGAGGCAAGUAGAUCUCUGUGAAUUCAAAGUCAACCUGAUCUACAAAGUGAGUUCCAGGACAACCAGGGUAACACAGAGAAACCCUGUCUCAAAAAACCCAAAGAAAGAAAGUCAUUUUAGCAGAUGUUAAAACAAAAACAAACACAAAAGCAUGUGACUGGAGAGAGAUGGCUCAGUUUGGAGCCCUGACUACUCUGCAGACCAUUUGUGUUCAAGUCCUAGCACCCACAUGGUGGCUUACAACCAUCUGUGACUCCAAUUCCAGGGGAUCUGAUGUCCCUUUCUGGCUUCUGCAGACACCAGGUACACAAGUCAUACGUCCAGACAAAAAUCCAUACACAAAAUAAAAUUAUUUCAAUUGAAAAAGGAAGAACCCAGAAAAAUAUGUAUGCCUUAGACAAGUUAAUCUGACCUUAAGUUAUCAAGUAUGUUGUCAUUGAUUGUGCUGCCAUUUAUAUGAGGAUCUGCUGGGUUAUAGGUGAGUGUCAGCCUCAGGUAAAGCACAUCUGUAGUGCACAGUGGGUCUCUAAAGAGAAUCCCAAAUGGUUCUGAUGAGGAAUGGAGACCUUUUUUCUAAAUUUUCUCAUACUCCCAAUCUUUUGUAAUUAAUUAUCUUACACAUAACAAUUAAAUAGCAACUUGUUUUUAUCAGUUUUUUUCAUAUCUUUCAACUUAGCUAUCAUGAAAAUAUUUUCAUGUGUGCAUGUGAAGGUCAGAGAUCAACCUCAGGUAUUGUUCCUCAGGAACUGUCCACCUUAAUUUUGAAGACAGCAUGUCCCCCAGAUUUCCUCGUGUCUCCACCUCCCUGGACAUCAUUGCACCAGUUCUGUGCCUUUUCUCUACCCACCCUGUAAAUGCUUUAUUACCUCUCAUAUUUAGAACUUACUUAGGAUAGUGUUAGAUUACAUAAUUUAAUGUUCAUAGUCAUAUUUUGCUUAUAUAGUAGUUAGUUAAAUUAUAAACUGUUAGAGAUAACACCAAUAACAUAAAUAAAUGUGUAAGAAUAUACCUGGGUGAGUCUUAGUAUCAACUUUUCCCAUGAAGGCGCUGUCUAUGAAGGAAGCCUGACUCCUUCCUGAGUGUGUGCUGUGCCUAGACACUAUCUAGAAUCAUCUCUCUUUGUGAUCUCUGCUCUGAUGGCCCCUUUUUGGGUUUCUUCCUUUUCCUUAACCACCUU